AUGUCGGACAGAACAAUAUUAAAAGCGAAAACAGAAAUUUACACAUCUUUGCGUAUGAUCACUUUAUGUAUGAAAUGCCUAGGUUUAUCAUUUGAAGAUGCAAAGACAAUAACUACUUAUGUCAUCCAGAAAAUGAAACUCCUUCUUUGUGUUAGUGCUGUGUGCUAUCACGUCUUCAGUGACAUUGUUUACAUAGGCCUCACGUUGUCUGAUUCACCACGGGUACAGGACGUUGUUCCGCUUUUUCACCCUUUUGGAUAUAGUAUUUUAAGUAUCGCGAAGGGCUUUGCGCUAUGGUACAAGAGAGAUGAAUUCAAGCAACUAAUUAAUGAACUAGCUGUAAUUUGGCCGGAUCCACAGUUUGAUAAGGAUGCACAAACUAUUAAAGAAAAUGCACUUACCGCCUUGCACAUCACCCAUCAAUGGUACUCCGGUGUAAACAUAAUUGGAGUAGCGUUUUAUUGUGUGACUCCAAUCGGCAUAUAUGUGUACGAUUUGUUAUUAGGACGAGAAGCUGAAAUUGGUUUCGUUUGGUUCUCUUGGUACCCGUGCGAUAAACGAAAGCCUUUGGCACACAUUCUUAUAUAUUUAUUUGAAGUAUUUAUUGGACAAACUUGUGUAUGUGUUAUGGUGAGCACUGAUCUACUAUUUUCUGGAAUGGCAAGCCAUAUUAGUAUGCUUUUACGCAUGCUUCAGCAACGAUUGGAGAAUAUAGGAUCUACUGAACAAACGGAUGAAGAAAUGUAUAAAGAUAUAAUAGGGAAUAUUAAGCUCCAUCAACGCCUUAUAAGGUACUGCAACGACCUAUCAGAAACAUUUUCACCGUCAUUUCUUGUGAACGUUGUGCUAAGCUCAAUCAACAUUUGCUGUGUCGUAUUUGUUAUUGUCCUAUUGGACCCAUUGAUAGACGGCAGCAACAAACUAUAUUUAAGCUCGGCUUUGAUGCAAAUAGGAAUCCUGUGUUGGUAUGGAGACCUAAUAAUUCACGCGAAUGCGGACGUCGCUGUAGCAGCGUAUAAUAGCCGUUGGUACCGUACUAAUCCUCGCUGUCGUCGCGCUCUGCUUUUCCUUAUACAGAGGGCCCAAAAACCGAUAGCCUUUACUGCUAUGGGUUUUACAGAUAUAUCAUUGACCACUUAUACAUCGAUUCUGACAACAUCGUACUCAUACUUUGCUCUCGCUUAUACUAUGUACAACAAAAAUUUGAAAUGAUCAUCACACUACGUACCAUACCCAAACUAGAAAUCUAAUGCUGUAUAUAUUGUUUGAUAAAUGUUAUCCAGACAUUCUCUAUAGUAUCAUGAUAUCAUAUUUUUGUGCAUAUAGACGCUUUAUUAGAAAAAAAUUACUUAUUAGUA